AUGGCCCCGCUCCGCUGCCUGCUCUACCUGUGGCUCGGCUGGAGCUACGCGAGCUCGGGGCGCGGGGAGCGCCCGCAGCAGCCCCCCCAGGGGCCCCGCGACGCGGACCCGGGACGGCUGGUCCGGGGCGCCGGCAGGACGGAGCCUCCGGACCAGGUGGCCGAGCAUAUGCUGAGGCUCUAUGACAAGUACCGCGGAGGUACCGCGGCUGGGGCGCCCCGCAAGACCAGGCACCCCCGGCACGUGCCCCUCCCGGAGGGCAACACUGUCCGCAGCUUCCGAGCUAGACUAGGAGCAGGGACCCUGGAAAACAAAGGACUACAUAUUUUUAACCUGACUUCCCUAACCAAGUCUGAAAGCAUUUUGUCUGCAACCUUGCACUUCUCCAUUGGAGAACUAAUAAACAUUAGUUCGAGCUGCAUAUCUCCCAGAGUUUGUUCUCAUCAUGAGUACAGGAAACAAAAACAGAUUGCCCUGUCUGCCUGGAGUCUUACACCAGAUGGGAACCAAACUCGGUUCUUGGGCCAUGUUUUGGUAAAUGGAGCUAAACUAUAUAGAGAUAUAUUGACCUGGCAAUCCAAAGACAUCACUCAAAUCCUUACCAAAGCAAAAGAAAAUGGUGAAUUUUUCAUAGGGAUCAAGAUCACUUUUGAGGGGCACUCCCUUUCAAAGGGAAUGCCCACCAACUCUGAGCCUUAUAUCCUAGUAUACGCCAAUGAUUCCUCCAUUUCUGAAUCAGAAAGUGUGGUAUCGAGUCUCCAGGGACAUUGGAAUUUUCCCACUGGGGCCCUAUCCAAGCUGAACAACCACAUGAGGACGGCUCUUUCCAGAAAGCGGAGGAAGAAGCGCUCCAUCAGCAGCCCUAUGCUCCCCCUACAGAACAAUGAACUCCCAGGCACAGAAUAUCAGUAUAAGGAGAAUAGUGGCUGGGAGAAGAGGAAGCCUUAUAAGACUCUCCAGAUACAGCCGGCUGAGAAGAGUAAAAGUAAAAAGAAGCAGAGAAAGGGCCCACACCAGAAAAGUGAGACCCUGCAAUUUGAUGAGCAGACCUUGAAGAAGGCAAGGAGGAAACAAUGGAUUGAACCCCGUAACUGUGCGAGGCGAUACCUCAAAGUGGAUUUUGCAGAUAUUGGGUGGAGUGAAUGGAUUAUCUCCCCAAAGUCCUUUGAUGCAUAUUAUUGUUCAGGAGCAUGCCAGUUCCCCAUGCCAAAGUCUCUGAAGCCAUCCAAUCAUGCGACCAUCCAGAGCAUAGUGAGAGCUGUGGGUGUCAUCCCAGGGAUUCCUGAGCCCUGCUGUGUGCCAGAAAAGAUGGCUUCCCUCAGUAUCUUAUUCUUUGAUGAAAAUAAGAACGUGGUGCUAAAAGUAUAUCCUAACAUGACAGUGGAGUCUUGUGCUUGUAGAUAACCUCUUGCAAGGGAUUUUCUGAAUGCUUAACUCAAUUAAUUGUUUUUAAUGGACUUUUUUUUGCACUGCCAAUGCAUUUCAUUCCAAAAGAUUUUUUUAUAAACGAGAGAGAGAGAGAGAGAGAGAGAGAGAG